AUGGCCACAACAUCCCUCCGCGGCCUAUUGCUGCUCGCCGUGGCUGCGGCCGCAGGCUCCCUCGAAGCCGCCCAGGAGCCGCACGACCCUGGCUGCUUACAUAUGCCCAUUAUUCACAUGAGCAAAGCCGAGCAGUACCAAAAACGAGCCGUCAAGGUUCCCUUUGACCAAAGGUUUGAUGUUGGCUACUACACAAAGCUCGCCUUUGGCACCCCUGGUCAGGAGGCCUUGGUGCACCUAGAUACCGGUUCCUUUGAGCUUUGGAUAGAUCCGACAUGUAACAACCUUGAUGGUGCUUCGGAGCAGGAGUUUUGCAGGGCAGGUGGCACUUACGACCCCGCGCAAUCGACGACGGUGCAGAAGCUGGGCACGACGAAUACGCUAAGGUAUGGAAUCGGCUCGGCCAACAUCUCAUACGUCAAGGAUACGGUCGGGAUCCCAGGGACGAACAUGUCUAUCAAGAACGCACAGUUCGGCGUGGCGACGUCGAGCGAAACACAAAACGCUGGAAUCCUGGGCAUCGGGCACGGAGUCGGCCAGACGAUUGGGUACCGCAACUUUAUAGACGAGCUCAAGGCGCAGAACGUCACAAAGACUCGGGCCUUUACGGUGGCGCUCGGUGGCAAGGACGAGAAGCAGGGCACCGUGGUGUUUGGUGGCGUCGACACGUCAAAGUUCGCCGGCGGACUGGCUAAGCUGCCCAUCAUCCCGGCCGCCAAGAGUCCAGACGGCGUGCGCCGCUACUGGAUUCAAAUGUCGUCAGUCUCGUUGAACCCGCCGUCUGGGCGCAAUAAGACCUAUUCAAACUCCAGUAUGCCCGUGUUCCUCGACACGGGCUCCACGCUGACCUUGCUCCCCGAGGCGCUGGUCAAGUCGGUCGCGUCCGACUUUGGGUCGAAGCAGCAGGACUCGAGCGGCUACUGGCCCGUCGACUGCUCGCUCGUCAGCAUCAACGGCACCAUGGAUUUCGCCUUUGACGGCGUCACCAUCAAGGUUCCCUACAAGGAGCUGAUCCGCCAAUUCGGCAACAGCUGCGUCCUGGGCCUGAGCAGCCACAGCAGCUUCACCCUGCUCGGGGACACCUUUAUGCGCAGCGGGUAUUUUGUCUUUGAUCAGGACGCGGACGCGAUCUGGAUGACUCAGUACACAAACUGCGGCAGCACCCCGGCCGCCCUCGUAUCGUCCUCGUCGCUGGAGACGCUGCAGGGCGCCUGUCAGCCCAAGCAGGGGAGCGUGGCGGCCGUCACGGCCGGCGCCGCUGCGCCUUCGACGACUGGAACGCCGAAAUCUACUAGCGGGGUAGGUGCAAAUGGUUCAUCGAACCCUGCUAGUCCGAGUACGUCGGCAAAGGACAGCAAUUUGAAGAAUGCUGGUGGUAGAGCCAUAGAGGUACCGACUAUUUCAUCAGCAGUCGUCACCUCGGUUCUUGCGAUCUUUGCGGUGUUACAUCUUGCAUUGUAG